AUGUCCUUUCUCUCUCCCACGGCCGAGGUGCCCAUGUCCCAGGAUGAGCAAGCUCCCUAUGUGCGCACCCAGGAAUACAUGCCUGCGCCGAGGUACCCGCUCCAACCCUACCCGGGCUUUCCACCGGAAUACUUCAACCUUGACGAUGAAGCCAAUGCCAACGACACCGUGAUCGUGGACAACAAGAUUUUCAGCGCGGCCAGCCACGACUUCGCCGAGGGUGACUUCAUCUGCCCAGGCUUUUUCGACCGCGCCCACGCCCAGCUGGGCGGGUUUACACGUCGCUUCAAUUGUCUACAAUGGAGCUACGAAAUGCGCCGAGAAGCGCAGCCCGUUCUUCCCUUCCUCUCGUUGGGUCCGUCGUCCUGUCUGCGCGACCGGGCCUAUCUCCGUCGUCAAGGCUUUACCCUACUUCUCGCCAUCCGCAGCCGCCAGUAUGCACAGGCAAGUCUGGUCUCGGGCGACAAGGCCGCCGCAGACAUCGGCGCCCUGGCCGAUGCCGUCGACGUGGUCGACAACCAGGAACUCAUAUCGGCAUUCCCGCGCGCCGUGCGCCGCAUCAAUGACCACCUAGCCGGCACAGACAUGGACAUGAACAUGGACAGCCAGGCGUCAUUUGCAGGAGUCAACAAUAAUACCAACAAUCAUAUCUCGUCCGCCCCAAAGAAGAAGGUCCUCGUCUUCUGCGAAUCCGGCAACGAGCGCUCCGCUGGCGUCGUCAUCGCUUACCUGAUGGUCAUGCUCAACCUGGAUUCCGCACACGCCACCGCCAUGGUCCAGCAGCGCCGUUUCUGUGUGUCGAUCGAGGACCCCAUGAAACAAAUCCUCGUUUCUUUCGAGCUCAUCCUCGCUGCCAAGCGCGAUGUCGAACGUGCCAAACGCGUUGCUGCCGUCACCCCUGCUCCGUCACCCGCGACUCUGGCGCCCCCGUCUUCGUUGCCUGUGCCGCUGACGAGGAAGCGGAGUUUCUCAGAGCGCCGGAAGAGUGAUUUCGGGAUUGCGGAGGGCGAGAUGGAUGUUGACAGUGAUGAGGAUGGGCUUGCUGAGCGCAAACCUGUGGCUCCCUUCCAGGAUCGCGUGGUCUAA